AUGAACUUUUCCCUACCACCUCGUCCUCAAUAUCAACCUCCGCCUCGUCAUACCCGGCGCUACAACACUUCCGGAUAUCAUGCCGUGGACAAAGCUCGAUAUGUCCAUGCUAACUAUCGGUUCAUUGUAUCUCCGGAUCGUAGUUAUCACGCGCAGGCAGCCAAUGCCGAUGUUCACCUCGACUGGGACUCGGUCCUACAGGUCCUUGUGUCCGCGCAAACUCAAGCAGCUAGCUGUCCUAUCUGCUUAUCCAUGCCAGUAGCACCCCGAAUGGCUCGCUGUGGUCAUAUAUUUUGUUUGCCAUGUCUGAUUCGAUACAUGCAUUCUUCCGAUGAGGAGGCUCCGCUGCCAGACAAGAAGCCUCGAUGGAAGAAAUGCCCUAUCUGCUGGGAUUCCAUCUAUAGCUCUGAAACACGUCCAGUGCGGUGGUUCCGUGGCCAAGAGGGUGAUUUGCCCUAUGAGGGGGGUGAUGUGGUCUUACGACUUGUCAGGCGAGAGCCUGGAAGCACUCUAGCUCUCCCACGUGAUGGCGCCGAGACGCUCAACGCAGGCGACGAUAUCCCGUGGUAUCAUGUAGCGGAAGUUGCAGAUUACGCCAGAAUCAUGAAAGGGGGUGAAGACUACAUGUCAUCCCAAUAUGACAUAGAGAUCGAAGAUCUUCGUCGGCAGGAGGUCGAAGAUGAGCUCUUAUUUGGCGAUGAAAAUACUUGGAGCCGAAAGGCCAUUGCUGCCAUCAAGGAGGCAAAGCAGAAAAUACAGGGGAUUGGAAAUCCACCAGAUGUCCCACGUCAGCAAAUAUCUAAAGAGCGGGCCGGCGGGUCCAAAGCCAUCGGUCCUGAAACGACUGAGGAGGGCAGUGUCCCGGACUCGAAUCCAGCCGCCUCGGAUGAGGCUGAGGAGAUCUCGGAAGCUAUGAAUGCCCUGCAAGUGGAAGCAGAAUCUGACACUAAACCCCAAAAGGCCAGGGGUAAGGGAGCACAAAAUUUCAAACCAUCAUCCGAUCAGCCAUAUUACUUCUACCAAGCGCUGCCCCACUUCUAUCUAUCUCCUCUUGACAUCCGGAUCCUGAAGGCCUCUUUCAAUGAUUAUGCAUCCUUCCCUGCUACCAUUCUUCCACGGGUCGAGCACAUUUCAACAGGUCACAUCGUUGAUGACGAACUCCGCAAGCGAGUUAAAUACUUAGGGCAUCUUCCAUAUGGCUGUGAAGUCAGCUUCCUUGAAUGCGAUUGGAGAGAUGUCGUCGUACCCGAGGUUUUGAAGCAAUUCCGCGCCGAGACCGACAGGAGGAGAAAACGAAAUCGAGAUAAAGAGGCUCGGGAGGAGAAGGACCGCAUCCGUGCUGAGAAAGAGGAAGACGAGAAGAGAUGGGAAUCUGCCCGGCGAAAACGGCCCAGCUUUGGUAGUGCCGAAAAUGCCCCAUUUUCUGCCCAGGACUUCCAGCCACUCGUUAGCGGUGCCGAGCCCACAGCAUUCGACACCGGCAUCUCAUCUGCGUCACCGCCUCGUUCCUCUUCUCGGUUUGGGGCUCUGGCAUCUCCCUCGACGAGCCCGCCAAGCGGCGCUCGCACUGUGUGGGGAACAACAGCAAUACCCUCUAGCUCUUCAACUUUGGAGGCUGAGUUUGGGUUGCCCAAUGACGGUUGGAAGCAAGGCUGGGAGGAAGAACUGCUGGCUCACCAGGAAUCUGAGAUAAUCGCGCAGACAGUUCCAGGCCCUUCACCAGGACCAUCUGCCGGGACCCGUGAGCCUUCGAGGCAGGAGUCUCUCAAGGAACUUCGCCUCUACUUGAAUCGCCCAUGUAUUAAAACACCGAAUAUAGAGCCAUAUACUACUAGGCAGUAG